AUGAUGAACGCAACAACACUUGGCAACACUAAUCAAAUCAAUAUCCCACCAGCUAUCGGGUGUUAUGUACCGAUUCAUGUCAUUGGUGAAGGUGCUUCAUCUGUUGUUGUUGUAGUUCGCCAUUCUAAAACAAAAGAUCUUUUUGCUUGUAAAAUCAUAUCGAGAAAAAACCAAGAAAAUUAUACAUUCAUAUACAGAUUAGAAACUGAAAUCAGAGUGCUUGAACGAAUUCGUCAUCCAGGAAUUGUUAAAAUUCAAGAUAUUUUAUACAUUGACGAUUUGAUUUGUAUCAUAAUGGAAUACGGACGCCGUGGUAUGCUGUACGACUAUGUCAUUAAUCGCGGACAUCUUCCUGAGUGGGAAGCAACAAAAAUCUUAGUGUCGCUCUUAAAUACACUUGAAUAUCUCCAUUCAAUAAAUGUUGCCCAUAGAGAUCUUAAACUUGAUAACAUUGUUUUGACCCAAGAUUUUCAACCAAAACUCGUAGAUUUCGGCUUAAGUUAUCAAGCCUUAUCCGAUGAUGAUAACUAUAGAAGAACAUUUUGUGGCACUCUUGAAUAUGUUGCUCCUGAAAGCUUCGAGCAUAAGAAUUAUGACGGAAGAAAAGCUGAUAUUUGGUCAUUAGGCAUUUGCUACUAUUCCAUGUUAACUUGCCAAUAUCCUUGGAAAGGCACUGAUAGGGGCAUUAUGAAAGCGAUUUUAGCAGGCGAGGUCGAAAUCCCUGAGCAAUUAUCAGAUCGUACAAAAGAAGUUCUAAAGCUCUUACUUACUCCAGAUCCUGAAAAAAGACCUACUGCUAGAGAGAUGCUUGAACUUAUGUACCAAAUGGGCGUCCCUGAUGUCAAGCUAGAUACAUUGAAAACUCAGUACAAUACGACCGUUACAAAGCAUGCUGUUAUUAAACAAAAUGUCUUUGUAAAGGGAAUAUUUGCCAGAAAUAAGAAAGCUAGUAGUGCAAAGUAUUGA